CAGGAACCGGAAGCGGGGUAUAAAGCUAAGGAAGACGCACCUGUCGCGGCCCUUUUCCGUUCCUUCCUAGCGCUUCUUUGGGUCUUUCACCGUCUACCCACCGGCUCAGCGGCGCUUUCGCCAUGGCCCUCAGCGAUGCUGACGUGCAGAAGCAGAUUAAGCAUAUGAUGGCUUUUAUUGAACAAGAAGCCAAUGAGAAAGCAGAAGAAAUAGAUGCAAAGGCAGAAGAAGAGUUCAACAUUGAGAAAGGUCGUCUCGUGCAAACCCAAAGACUGAAGAUUAUGGAAUACUAUGAGAAGAAAGAAAAGCAGAUUGAGCAGCAGAAGAAAAUUCAGAUGUCCAAUUUGAUGAAUCAAGCAAGGCUCAAAGUUCUCAGAGCCAGAGAUGACCUUAUUGCUGACCUACUAAAUGAAGCAAAACAAAGACUCGGCAAAGUGGUAAAAGAUACAACCAGGUACCAAGUGUUGCUGGAUGGCCUGGUCCUCCAGGGUUUGUACCAGUUGUUGGAGCCCCGAAUGAUUGUUCGUUGCAGGAAGCAGGAUUUCCCUCUGGUAAAGGCUGCAGUGCAAAAAGCAAUCCCUGUUUACAAAAUCGCCACCAAAAAAGAUGUUGAUGUCCAGAUUGAUCAGGAAGCCUUCCUGCCUGUGGAGAUAGCUGGUGGAGUUGAGAUCUAUAAUGGGGAUCGUAAAAUAAAGGUGUCCAAUACCUUAGAAAGCCGGCUGGAUCUCAUAGCCCAGCAGAUGAUGCCGGAAGUACGGGGAGCCUUAUUUGGUGCAAAUGCCAACAGGAAGUUUUUGGACUGAGCCUGCAGGAGGUGUGCACCCACUGCUUUACUGCUGUGAUGUGGAAGUUUCUGGUAACUGAAGAAGAUAUCUGGGUAGCUUCCUUUGUGCUGUUCUAAUACUCUGUAUGUAUCAGUGGUUACCUUCUCUAGCUAAUUCUCUUAGCCUAAUUGUGUGACCAGGAAACCCGCCUCUGCCUAUGUGAAGGUACAGCCCUGAAGGUGUGGGGGCCUUACGGUGGUUGCACGGACUUCCUCCUGCCUUGGGCUCCUCCUCUGGGCCCAGUCACCCAGGCCCGAGGGUGGUGUGGGUGGUGUUCUCUGGCAUUCAGUCUCUGCUGUUUAGGCUUAAAAUGCACGUGGGGUCUGCAUUCCUGCAAUAGGAGCUUCACUGUUACCUGUUUGGGCCUGGAAGUGUCCAUCCUCUGUAAAUGUGAUUUAAAUCCUAGCCUCGAAUAUGCUUUAUUUAUUAAAACAAAAGGUUUGCAUGGA